CAUCUCCUACCUACUCAUAUGUAGUCAAUCACCAUGGGACAAGUGCUGUCAUGCUGCGUCCGUCUACGAAGCGAAAAGCCUCCCUCGAAACCUCCCCAGCAGCCACCUGAGUCAACUUUAAACUGGCACCAAUCAUCUGCUGGCAUUUCAUCACGACCCGUUGAUACAUUGGAAAACUUCUUCAUCAUUCUUACGGACAGUGGCGCCCCGGUAAACCGUGAACAUUGGACUGCUUCAGCGGCACUCAAGAUCAAUUUCAAACCUUCUUUGACAGAUCCCGUUCCAUAUUUGCGGCGGGCUUGGCUGCUCACUGGUCGGCUUCACCCGACUUUUACUGCUUCAGUUGUCAAACAGUCCAAUGAUGGGUCGACGGGACAAGAAUCAUUACCGGCAAAACCUUUACUUACGAUACAGCCUUUUGAUGCAGAUGCUUGGGUAUCCAAGACUUUUCUAAUAGCAUCAGAAGCGUCUGCAAGUGCCGUGUUUGGCGGCAUGCUCAGCAAUGGCAUUCCCACUUGUCACUGGCUGCCUGCAAGUCAGGAGAUUCUCAUCCGCUCGGCUCACUGGCGUAUUGAUGGCAUGGGUCUUCUCAUGUUCGUCCAUAGUUUCUUGUCUUCCUUGGCUUCUGUUUUGAGACAUGGCCUGGACUGUGACCUGGAUUCAUACGAUGGGCUCGUUGGCAGCGGCCUACUUACUAGAAGCUUGGACGACGUCGCCGAUGCGUAUCUUGAUGAAGAUUCCACGCCAGAAAAUGUAAAGGCGGCUGCAGAUGGGCUCGUUGGCGAAUUCGUUCAGGGCGUCCCCAGCAUCGGAUUGCCCACGCUUCCAGAUUCAGAAACGGCUCCCCCAGGAGAUACGGCGCGCGAGGCUCUGCGGAUCGAUGCGCCUACAACUGCUGCCAUCGUCGCGGCAUGUCGAGCUCGCAAGAUCAGCGUCAACAGCGCCGUCCAUGCAGCCGUCAUUCGCGCCACGGCUACAUACCCUCAGCAUCCACUCGCCAAACAUUUCGCCGCCUUCUUCCCAGUUGAUAUGCGCAGGCACCUGCCCAAGCCAUACGAUGGGCCUGAUUACGCCGUGGGCGCCUUCUCUUCGGGCCUCCCCAUCUGCAUUCACGAUGUGCGCGGCGGAAACGAUACCAGAGGCAGCGGGCCCAAAAGCUUUGAAGAGAUUGUCCAGCAGCUGGCAAUGGUGUACGCAACCGAUCUUUCGCGCUUCACAACCGACGAUGAAGGCAAUCCCGUCAGCAUGACCAAAGUGGUUGCGCCCUACGUGCGGCGCACGACGAAGCUUUUCUCAGCACCGCACCCGCCCGGGCUGCCGCAGAUUCAAAAUCCGGACGUGAGCAGCAUCGGCAAGGUAGAGGCGUAUAUGCAGCGCUCGUACGGCGAUGAGAAGGAAGGCUUCGAGGUGGCAGAUAUUUGGCUUGGUACGCAGAUAUUGUCGCGGUCGGUGCAGUGCCAUGUCUGGGGCUUUAGGGACGAGUUGAAUAUUGCGGGGUGCUUUAAUGUGAGCUUUUAUGAGGUCAACUUUGUGAGGGAAUUUUUGGAAAAGGUUGAGUCUGAGUUGUUGGCUGGAUUGGGCAUUGAACGGGUGAAGACGCUGUCGAAUUAGAUCAACGAAAACUCAUGUUCAAGUAUACGCUUCUUGCAAAUCGCUGGUUGGUUUCACACCAAUAUCAACGUUACCUCUGUUAUCGUG